UCUGCGAGUCCCAGCCCCCCUUGCAAAGGGGCCGUCGACCCCCGCAUCUGCCAGAUGUUGCGAGACGAGAAACUGCUGCCGCUCUCCGCCGUUUCCAUGCCCACCACUCCCACCUCGACGUCUACAGUUGAAAAGCCUGUCGAGAGCGCCUCGUCCCGGGCUCGCUCUAAGCGAGAGUGGGUGUUUGCAGAGGCAAUGCCGACGGAACCGACCGCGCGAGUGGAGGAGGAGGACGUCGUCAAGGAGAUCGAUGCCAAACUUAACUUCACUCUCCGCCACGCUGACUGUCCGCAACUCUUCACGCGCGUCGGCGAGCAGUGCGUCUCCAUCUUCUACAUCGGGAACGUUAACUGGCUGGAGGCAAGAGCUUUCUGCAAAGCCAUCGGCAGCGACCUUUUUACGCUCUCAAAAGACGGAAAGAAUUUCGCUACAAUUUUGCAGCACCUGCGACUCUCCCAGGUGACGACCGAUUUCUGGGUCGGAGGACGUUUUGUCAACGAGACGGUCGGGUGGUCGUGGGUCAACGAUGAACCGAUGAUCCUCGGCUCACCCUACUGGGCUGUCAGGCACUCAGAGAGCUGCCAGACUCGCACCUUCACCUCGCCCGUCCUCAACCAGACCCUACAGGCUAACGAUGGUGAGUGCUACAACUACGUGCAGGCUCCCCGACAACCUCCCACUGCCACCUGCGCGGCCCUCACCUUCUCCCACUACUUUUACGUUAGCGACGAGCCCUGCUUAACCAAGAAGAGCCCCCUGUGCGUCCUCCCUUCCCAAGGACCCAAGGAGGCGUUGUAGAUGCACCAAUACAUUUCACAGACGCCUAGAAGAGAAAAAAACUAAUUGUUCUGGACUCAUUUGCAGUUGUACCCUUGUUAUGUGCAAUAUCUUCAUUCAACCUCCACUUCCAUAUAUUUCAUAUUACCCACAUAUCCACCUCUUCUCCAUUCCCGCAAACUUCCUCCUGUGGUUAACAUUACUGUCGUUUACCUAUCUUUGUUUUUGUUCUCCAACUUUAUCUUCAGCAUAUUCUCACAGACCCUUUCAUAUACUUGCUCAAGGCAUUCCUUGCAGUACGUCUGAAUGAUAAAUAGUAGCAUAGGUAUUCAUAUGGCAGAUAGAUCUGGCACCACCAUCAUGGUAUUAUGACAAAUGUAUCAUUAAAGACGAAAAUAUUAUUUCACGUUUGUUUGUGGGGUUGUCAACUGUCAACAUGACGCUUUGUAUUUUUUAUCUAGGCUUCUUUUUUCACAAUAACAUCGAAAUCUGCCAAUACUCGGGAAAAUAUUAAAUAUGAUUAAAAUAUGCUGUCAAUGUGUCAAUGAUUUUUAUGUAGCAGAAGAGGAAAAGAUUCCAUUA